AUGAACAAACCAAACAUGUCUCCCAGACUAUUGCUCUGCGCGGUUUUGGCUGUGUACCACGGGACGCAAACCUGCAGCGGAUUUAACAUAGAUGAACGGUUUCCUGUAAUCAAAGAGGGGAAAACCAAAGGGAGCUUCUUUGGAUUCUCAGUCGCUCUGCAUCAACAGACGGAGGGCUCCAGAAAGUACCUGCUUCUUACAGGAGCUCCCAAAGAGAAAUCCAAUUCUCUAAAAAAUGUCAAUGAAACAGGUGCCAUCUACUCGUGCCCCAUUACAACUGACACCGCAGACUGCUCCAGGAUGGACCUGGUCAGCUCAACCAGCUCGUCCGAGAUGGUGGAGGGCAUGUGGCUCGGUGUGACGGUGGCCAGUCAGAGGGACCAGCCGGCGGGACGCGUCCUGGCUUGCGGACAUCGCUACGUGAAGAUCAUCAGAGGGGAGCAGCGACGAAUGAUAGGAAAGUGCUACGUCAGGAGCAACGACCUGACCUUUGACCCCAACGACGAAUGGCAGACUUACAGUUACGAGGUCUGCAACCCCAACUAUGACUAUGAGCUUGAGGGCAUGUGCAACAUGGGCAUCUCAGGCGGCAUAACAGAAACCGAUGUCUACAUCGGCUCUACGGGCAGCUAUGUGUGGCAAGGAAAUGUUCAUGUAACGUGGAGAGAUCCAGAUCCAGCGAACGCCUGGGACUCUGUAGACAAAGACUUUGGACAGCUGAAAAGACGAUACAGUUAUAUGGGUUACUCAGUUGUUGAGGAGAAGAAGUUGCUGAGCCAUGAUGAGUACACAGUGGUGACGGGGUCUCCCAGGGACGACGCCAAGGGCUCUGUGAUGUUCGGGUUAAAGACCAACUCAGACAUCAAGCUGGGACUCAUCCUCCCCGGAGAACAAGUGGGCUCGUACUUUGGCAGCAGCCUCGCUAUCACCGACCUCAACAAUGACGACUGGAACGACCUGAUUGUGGGCGCCCCGUUCUACUUUGACCGUAUGAAGGAUGAAGGAGGAGCAGUGUACAUCUUCAUGAAUGAGAACGGGUCGUUUCAAAAGACCGCCAGCAUGGUGCUGAAGGGCCCAUCGUCCUCUGCCUUCGGCUUUGCGGUGGCUGCCAUCGGCGACGUUAACCAAGAUGGAUUCCAAGACUUUGCAGUGGGAGCUCCAUUCCACGACACAGGAAAGGUUUACAUAUGGAUGGGGAGUAAAAAGGGAAUCUCAAAGGAGCCCAGUCAGGUGAUCGAGGGUAAGUCAGUGGGAAGUGGAGGAUUCCACACCUUCGGCUACUCUAUCAACGGAGGGAUGGACAUGGAUGACAACAGUUACCCGGACAUCUUAGUUGGCUCUCUGGACGACCGAUUGGCCCUGCUCAGGGCUCGACCAGUCCUCCACUUAACGAAUAACUUCACUGUCGAGCCAAAGGUUGUGGACUCCAAUCAGUGCCCUGAAAGCACACCCUGCAUCACAGCGACAGUGUGUAUGUCUUUCACUCCAAGCAAUGGAAACAAAGACUUCAAGAAAAAUACCACGGUGAAGUACACGGUGGAGGCCGACGUGGAGAGGAGAAGAAGCCCUCGUGUUCGCUUUAAGGACAAGAAGGACGACACGUUUAUCGGCUUCCUGAGCCUGUCAUCGUCCAAAACCAAGUGUCAUACUCUGAAACUGAUUGCAGUGGCGCCUGUGAGGGACAAACUGGAACCGGUGGUCUUUUCCCUCAGCAUGGCCUUACAUGAACAAAAACCUAAAUCCAGACGUACCCUGCAGAACCUGGACUCCUUCCCAAUUUUCAGCCAGGAGCAGAAACUCAUUCAGAGGACUGAGAUUCACUUUAAGAAGGAGUGUGGCUCGGACAACACGUGUAGCAGCAACCUGCAGCUGACAGCCCAGUUUGUUGACAAAGAGGAAAAGCCUUACCCCAGGCAUGGGCAAUUCCAGAAACUUCAGUUCAACAGCAAUUUGAAGAUAAUAAGGCUGAGGGUGGAGGUGACCAACUUUGAUUCUCGGGGGAAGCUGGGGGAAGAUGCCCACCAGGCCAUGCUCAACGUCACCAUCCCUGACGCACUGAAAUACUCCGGCGUCAGGUCGUUGUCGGAUCACGAUGUACAAUGCACUCUGGAUGGCACAGUGAUUUGUGAGCUGGGGAAUCCACUUAAAGGCAAUGAAAAGGUGUCACUUACCAUCAAGUUUGAGACCUCAGGGAUCAAUCUGAACACACAGGAGAUUGAGUCCCAGCUACUUCUGUCCACUCUUAGUGAGCAGAGUGACCUGAAGCCUGUGUCUGUGGCCCUGCUGAUUGAAAACACCAUCCUCCCCUCAUUCUCCAUAGUGAACCCGCUGGUACAAACAGAAUUCAGUGGGACGGUGAUGGGCGAGUCAGCCAUGGUCAACACCAGUGACGUGGGCAAUCUGGUGGAGUUCACCUUCAACGUGAACAUGAGGGGACAGCCCCUGGGAGACUUGGGGACCCUGGCUGUGGAGUUCGAGUGGCCGUUUGAGGCAUCCAACGGCAAGUGGCUGCUGUACCUGACGAAGAUCAUCGUUAAAGGGGAUUCAGAGGUGGAAUGUAACCCUGCUGGAGAAGUUGUCAACCUCCUUAACCUAACUUUGUCAGGGGGCGGACGAAAGCGUACUAAACGACAGAUCGUGGUGGAUGAUGUUGAUACGACAAGGCCACAUAUUAUUGAGCCACAGGCAGCCGUCACGCUGCUCACUUCUCGCAAAGAGUCCUACCUGUUGGAAUGCUCCAAGGGGACAGCACGAUGCGUGACAUUCACUUGUCCGCUGCUCAACAUGACGGAUUCAGCCAAGAUUUAUGUCCAGUCCCGUUUGUGGAACAGUACCAUGCUAGAGGACUACUCCAACGCUCUGAGAAUUACAGUCAGAGGUCAAGCCACACUGAAGCUCAUCACAGAUAAAUCAACCAUCAGGAUGGACAGUCAGACCAGCAUGUUUACAGUAGAAAUAGAGCCACUUGAGGGGGUGGAGGCACCUUAUGAGCUCCCGCUGUGGAUCAUCAUCUCUGCAGCUGUGGCGGGAAUUCUACUACUGGCAAUAAUCAUUCUUAUACUUUGGAAGCUUGGAUUCUUCAAGCGAGCCAUCUACUACCGGAAAAUGCCAAAGCACCAGGGGGUGAAAAUUUGCAAGGCAGAGAGGUAUCAGCUCAAUCUGGGAUUUCAGUUUGAGGAGCCACAGAAAAAGUAUUGGAUCACCAACUGGACAGAGAUGCAGCAUUACUACUACUGAGGCCCCGAGACACUCACCGUCACACUGGUUUGACACGGGCCAAUCAAAGAACAAUGGGCUCGGUCGAGCCACAUACAUGGACCAAUUGAUGAUUUCCUUUUUUUUUCUACUUUAAGUAGAUUUCACCAACUUUUCCAGUGCAAUAUACUGAACCGUUUGUUUCAGAGAUUGUAAUUUGUUAAGUAUUUUCGAUGAAUGCAGGGUUGGAAUCAAGGUUGCAUUCACGAGUAAAUUGUAAAUGGUUUUUGAUUACGGUGUUUGCAUGUAUGCUUUUUUCUUUCUGAAUCCUCCAAGCAAAAGUUGCUGGUCAUUCAACAUGUUUAUUUCCACCAUGUCUGUUUUCCUCUCGAAUCAGAGGAGUGAGGAUCGAUCUUCUCUGUGUGUCCCAGGCAUUACUUUGUGCUCAGCGGCUGUAGGGUAUGUUAGGGUUUUAAACCUACGUCAGUCCUUAAAGGAGAUCGUUUUUUGAACUGCACUUUGAACACGUUGAGCAGCAUCCCCUCUGCUACGAGCGUCGGUACGUGAAUGUCCUCAUCGGUGGCAAGCAUUACGUAGACUAACAUCUGAAAUGCAGUUAUGAUUGUGGAACUGACCUCCAAAAAGUGACGUAGAAAAAGUAUUUCCCUGUGUAAAUACAGAGAUAAAUUGAUACUCAUUGGUGAAUAAUUCAUUUUAUAGCCCAGCUGGACAUGUUUUGAUUAAAUUCCAUGUCAAGAAUCAAUACAAACGCCCCGGGAACAAGUUGACAAGCAAUAGCUUCAUGUCUGUAUGUAGAGUUAGCCAACAUGUGCACACUUGAUUAUUAUUUAUUACACUGUCUUGUGUUAUUACAGUAAAGAACCUAUCUUUAAAAGAAUAUCACAAACAGGGAGUCAUGACACUGGAUUCAAUAAGGUUCUGGGGACCGUAAAGCUCUAGCGUAGAUAGUUACGUUAUAUAUUGUACAUAGUGACAAGAUACAGUGACUGUUUGAAUCAAUGCUCAUGUCAUUGGCCUUUGUUGUUUCGAUGUCCCUAAGCUUUGUAUUUUUGUAUGAGACAGUAAGGUGACACUUGGAUUGUUUCCAAGCCAUUGUGGCCCCCAUUGAGGUCAACCUGCAGCACUGAAAACAGAGCGGACCGGGAGAAGACCGUCUCUGAGCGGUCUCUGAGUGUUGCGUUACCGCUCUUGUCCGUGUUACCUGAGAGCCCUGCAGUUGUUGUGACCGAGGCUGUUACAGAGGCUCCAUUGAGAAGAGGGAAAGGCUGAAACCGAUGCACAAACUCUGCUCUCUGUCGUGUUUUUGUUGUUUUGUUGUUUUUUACUGUGCAGUUUCAAUGUAAUUAAAUCGUUUUUAACAACCUU